CGUCAAUUGUCAACUGUCAAAUUAUUGUCAAACCAAAAUUGAUAUUUAUUUUGUAUUGAGUUCGUAAUUCGUAUACUGUGAGACCAGUAUGUGACUAUUUACUUGUGUUUUUAUACGUACAAAUAACUUUUAAUACUUUUGCAAAUCUAAAAUCUGUGAUAAAAAUGGAGGAGCAGAAUAAACUGCCGCUAAAGAGAGUAGAGCUUUCAUUAACAAAAUUUAACGAAGUCGCAAUACCGCAUCACUUGGACUUGCUUAGACAACACAAGGCCAAUAUUAUCAAAUAUGAAGAAAAUGGUGAGUACCCUCGCGUCCGCUCGGAGCAGGUGCACGCUCGUCGCGUCGCGUCGCAGCUGCGAGUGUUGCUCGCCGAGCUGGAGACGCUGCGGCGGCAGGUGAGGCCUGAGGACCUGACCAAGUUCGACAAGCUCACGCAGCGAUCCAGGGACCUCACGCUUAGAGCGAUUAUGGAUUAUUUGGGUAUAAUUGAGAGCAGUUGUAGGGCGAUUGUGGCACGGGGCGCGAGCCCUCGUCGCAGCGACACUUCCCCUCUUUCUAUAAAUCGUCGUCCGCCCGAGCAGACGGUGGCGGGGAGCACGAUGUCCACCGACUCCGUGGGCAUCAUAUCCAGGGGUGAUGAUGUACAGGAGUUGGAGUCGCCUUUAAUACAGCUUCAGGUGAACGAGCAAGAAGUGGCGCUGCGCGAGCGUGAGGCGGUUCUGCGCGGGUGGAGCGAGCUGCAGUCCGAAGUGCGCGCCCUGCACGAGGCGUGGCAGACCGUGCAGGCCGCCGCACUCGCUGAUAGAGAACGGGUAGCUACAGUGUCAACUAAUGUGGAGGUUGCCGCGGAAAAUGUUGAAGUUGCUCGCACUCACCUAUCUGCUGCGGAAAGGUUGAAGGCGGGCGCGAUGGGUGCGGGCGGCGCGGUGCUGGGCGCCGCGCUGUGCGGCCCGGCGGGGCUCGUGCUCGGCGCCAAGGCCGGCGCCGCCGCCGCGCUCGCGGGCUCCCUCCUGGGGUACCUGGGGGCGCGCCUCGUCGGCAACAGGAGGCGCGCUGUGCUGGACCACGCUGGCGAUAAGGAGCUCAGGGUGGACAAGGACGAGAAAAAAUCACAAUAGCGACACGCUUGCGUCUGUUUCUAGACGCAUUGGCAAUUUAGGAUAUAGCGGGUGAGUUCGAGUAUUGAAUAAAGGUAAAAUUAUAUUUAUAUUCAACUCAGAAUUGUUUAUGUUUUAGGUAUCUGUAUUGGGGGCCUUGAAGUUGUGAAUGAAGGACAUUCGAGUUUGGUUCUAAUACAAUAUUGUCAACAUAUUGCUUUUUUUAUGUAUCUUGCGAAAGAUUGUCUUGGAAUUAAGAGUAGGUAGCUGAUUAUGUAUUUAAAUUUAUUUAUUAGCCUGUUGUCAAUAUGUGUGCUGGUUAUUAGAAUAUUUAUUACCACAUAUAUAAAAUAAUGUAACCGUGACAUAGUCGAGUAAUUAUGCGUUUUGCUUGUGAUAUCCUCAUUAUAUUUGACUAGUGCAAUAAAUAUAACUAAAGGCGUAUGUAUAUGACGUUUUUAUUAAGAGAUGUAUUUUCAAUGCUAUGUUCGUAAAGUUACAUAGUUCCCAACUGCAUCGUGUUUCAUGCAGCGUUGAUUGCGUUAGAGGAACCCUUUAGCUCUUUAAAAAACACGCCAUGUGUAUAUCCUUUAAAGUCAUAAGGGUAGCUAUAGAAACUCUAACUAAUAAUAUAUCGACUAUGAAAUACGUAUACAUUAUUAUCUGUAUCUAAAUUUGCUAUACGUCAAUGUAAAUAUAAUUGCAUUGAGUGUAACUCCUGUAACAUUAUAUUUAAUAAA